AUGAAUCUUUGUGCUUCUAUAGUUUUCUCACUUUUCUUGGUACUCCUUGUGACUGCAACUACCAGCCAAUUGGUAGCAGUGGGAGAAGGAGGAGAUGAUAGAAAUGGUGUUAAUAUGAAAAAGUGUUUGGAUAAUGAGAGACUUGCGCUCCUUCUCUUCAAAGCUCCCCUUCACGACACUUAUGAUACUCUCUCUACAUGGAGAUCUGACCAACAUGACUGCUGUAAAUGGAGUGGAGUUGAGUGCAGCAACCAAACUGGUCAUGUCACAAAGCUUGAACUCAACAACUUCUUUUCACAGGAUGGUCUUGGAGGUGAGAUUAGCCAUUCCUUGCUUAACUUAACCUACUUGAAUCAUCUUGAUCUUUCCUUCAAUUUUUUCAAUGGAACCAUUCCCACUUUCAUUGGUUCUUUGACUCGAUUAAGGUACCUUUCCCUUUCUUACAAUUCUUUUCAUGGAGCUAUUCCCAGGUCCAUUGGUUACUUGACCCAGUUAAGGUACCUUUCCCUUUCCAGUAACUCUCUUUAUGGAACCAUUCCUUCACAGUUUGGAAACCUCACCAACUUGCAAUACCUUCAUCUUGAUUCUGCUGGAAGGUGUAGAGUUGAAAAGGUAGAGUGGUUGUCUCAUCUCUCUCAUUUGGAGGAUCUGAGAAUGGAUGGGAUUUCCCUUGCGAAUGCAAAUAAUUGGGUAGGUGUAAUUUCGAGUCUCCCAGAACUGUUGAGUUUAAGUUUAGGGAGAUGUGAGCUGUCACAGGUCAUGUAUCCAUAUUCUUCUUUUCUCAACUCUUCUUCUUCUUCAUCUAUUCAUACCCUUUAUCUCAGUGACAACAAUCUCACAUCAUCCAUGUAUCGUUGGUUGCUCCCAUUAACCAGCGAUAAGCUUAAUGGACUUUAUCUCUAUGACAAUAUGUUAGAUGGGAUACCCAAAUAUCUUGGUAACCUCUGUAGUCUGGAAAUUUUAUCCUUCUACAACAACUCUGCUGCUGUCAAAUUUCCUGAUUUUCUCAACAACUUGUCUGGAUGCACAUCCCUUUCAUUACAAUGGUUGGAUGCUUCUCAUAGCCAAUUUAUAGGAUCAUUGUCCGAUGAGAUCCAAAAGUUUUCAUCCCUAAAGCUUUUGGACCUGUCUCAUAAUCACUUAAAUGGAAUAUCUUGA